UAUUACAUUGACAUGACAAACACAUCAGCAUUGCCAGCAUCAAAUAUUUGGCUAUCAAAGAUCUUGACAAUGACACUCUUUCUAUUUUUUACAGCGACAUCCGUUACAGCAGCCAAUGUCACUGUUCUCUGCAAAUGUGAAUGUGCUCCCAACUCCACUAUCCUUAGUGUACCGAGCUGCAAUGGAUGCACCAAGCUCUUUUGCAUAGAGAGCAAUGCCUGUUUUAUGCCAUUACCAAAAGUGGAUAUACCAGCUACCACAACAUCUGUGAGUUUGACUGCAACAAGCAGUACUAGUAGUGAGAGUAUAUCACCCAGUCCAUCGCCUACACUUCGUGGAGAUGAGUCUUGGACAGCUGUUUGCUUUCAACGAGGAAGUUUCAAGGAUGAAAUUAUUGUAUAUGCAUUCAUAAUCCUGACCACAACUUUAGUCGCAUUUGCUCUUAUUAAGCCGUUUCUGGCACAUGUUAUGCGAGAGUACGAUUUACCUGGAUAUGUCAUGCUUAUGGAUGGUCGUUAAAUAUAUAUUAAACUAUGCGAGUUUCAACCAAAUUGGUCUAAAAGUCGGAUUGGAGCUAAUAUUAAGAGUUUUCGACAAAAUGGUAGUAGAAACAGCUAUCAAAAGAUGGUUAAUUGUAUCUUGACUAAGCAUACCA